AUGGCUCUGUGUGAAGCUGAGAAGGUCGUAGCCUGGGGUGAUGCUCUAUGUGGUGGCGAUGCCGAACCCAUAUCCAAACAUUUGGGUCAAGGCGUCACAAAGGUUUCUGGAAUGUACAAGGUUUUUGCAGCCUCCAAGUCUGACGGAAAGCUGGUGAUGUGGGGAGAUGAAGAGCUGGCCUUUCCAGUUCAAGAGGUGACCCAGCAGCUCGUCAAUGUAACAUGUGUUUGUGGCACUGCUCGGGCCUGUGCGGCAGUGAGAUCAGAUGGCCGCGUUGUGACAUGGGGUGAACGAGCGUGGGGCGGCGACUCCUCAGACGUGUCCCACCAGCUGAAGGAUGUUGUCCAGCUUGCUGCAACUGGUGGUGCGUUUGCUGCGCGAACCAGUCACGGGGUCGUUGUGACCUGGGGUGAUGAGAACAGUGGUGGGGACUCUUUGGAUGUGUGGGAUCAACUUUCUUCUGGAGUGGUGGACUUGUGUCACACGAGCGGGGCCUUUGCUGCUCGCAAGGGCGAUGGCUCUGUUGUGACUUGGGGCGAUGAAGAGCUUGGUGGGAAUUCCUUCCAUUUAACCUUUGACUGGAACAAUGUCAAGCAGCUUUCCAGCACCGGCUAUGCAUUUGCUGCUGUACGAGCAGAUGGCACUGUAAUAUCAUGGGGUGACCCUUGUGCUGGUGGAGACUGCACUGCAGUUUCAUCUCAGCUUGUAGAAGUUCGGCAGAUCUACAGCACAUACCGGGCCUUUGCAGCAGUGAAGGCUGGUGGGGCGGUGGUAACCUGGGGUGAUCUUCAUUGUGGCGGCGACUCGUCCAGUGUCCAUGCUGCGUUGCAAGAGGGCGUUCUCAGCAUUUGUGGCAGCUACGGGUCAUUCGCUGCUGUGAAAGGAGACGGAACAGUAAUAACGUGGGGCGACCCUACAACUGGAGGUGACUCCUCAAUGGUGCAGCCAGUUCGCAUUCCUGACGCGGAUGAAUGA